UCGUGCGCUGGCCGUUCCCGCGAGCGCACCCCGAGGGCACUUGUAUGUAUGAGCAUGCCCGGAGCGCCGGGACUCGAGGGUGGGCCAGAGUAACGCAGAGAGAGAGAGAGAGGGACAGUGACAAAAAAAAGGGGUAGUUCCGAGCCGCGAUGAACCCGUCCGAGUCGCAGCAGAACUUGAUAAAGAACGAGGCGGCGAUGGGGCGAAACGGGUCGGUGCCCAACGACGCCCCCCUCGGCCCCGCCGGGGAGUAUAUCCUCGGGCCCGUGGAGAAGCACUUUUUGCUGAGCGCCGAGCGGGGCGACUGCGCCACGGUCAAGCGGCUCUUGGAGGAGAACAAGGACCGGCCGGACCAGCUGAACAUCAACUGCGUCGAUCCGCUUAACAGGUCGGCCCUGAUUGCCGCCAUCGAGAACGAGAACUACGACCUCAUAAUGCUGCUCCUCGAGAUGGGGAUUCAAGUCAAGGAUUCCCUGUUGCACGCCAUCAAGGAGGAGUACGUCGAGGCGGUGGAGGUACUGCUGGAGCACGAGGAGAAAAUACAUCAGCCCGGACAACCAUACAGCUGGGAGGCGGUCGACAGGUCGGCGUCCAACUUCACCCCGGACAUAACGCCCUUGAUCCUCGCGGCCCACAUGAACAACUACGAGAUCCUGAAGAUCCUGCUGGACCGGGGCGCGACUCUGCCGACGCCCCACGACGUGCGCUGCGGCUGCGACGACUGCGUCAACUCGAGCGAGCAGGACUCGCUGCGGCACUCCCAGUCGCGGAUCAACGCGUACAGGGCCCUGUCGUCCUCCUCCCUCAUAGCCCUCUCCUCCAGGGACCCCCUACUCACCGCCUUCGAGCUGUCCUGGGAGCUCAGGAGGCUCAGCCGCCUCGAGCAGGAGUUCAGGUCCGAGUACGAGGAGAUGCGGGAGAACGUGAUGCAGUUCGCGACGUCGCUGCUGGACCACGCCCGGACGUCGAACGAGCUCGAGAUAAUGCUCAACUACAACCCAACGGGCGACAACUGGGAACCGGGGGAGCGCCAGACCCUCGAGCGACUGAAGCUCGCCAUCAAGUACAAGCAAAAGCAAUUCGUGGCCCACCCCAACGUCCAGCAACUGUUGGCCAAGAUCUGGUACGACGGGCUACCGGGUUUUCGACGGCUCAGCAUGAUCGCCCAGUUGGUCGAGGUCGGCAAACUCGGGGCCCAGUUUCCCGUCUACAGCACCAUAUACAUGAUGGCCCCCAACUCGCCCAAGGCCCUCUUCGUCAAGAAGCCCUUCGUCAAGUUCAUCAUCCACUCGUCCUCUUACGCCUUCUUUCUCAUGUUGCUCGGCGCAGCCUCCCAGCGGAUCGAGUACCUCGCGAUCGAGCUCUUCGGCAACGACUGGCUGAAGGAAAUCCUCGCGGGCUGGAAGCGCCGGGAGCGCGGCUCCCUGCCAGGCCUCGUCGAGUCCGGCGUCGUCAUAUACGUCAUCAGUCUGGUGAUCGGCGAGAUACGGUCCCUGUGGUCAGGUGGUCUGCUCGAGUACGUGUCGGACCUGUGGAACAUUGUCGACUUUAUCCAGAACGUCUUUUACGUCAUAUGGCUGUGCAUGAGGGCCUCCUCGUGGUUCGUGGUUAUGCGGGAGUACUGGUCGGGCGAGGACCCGUGGUACCCCCGCGAUCACUGGCACGACUUUGAGCCGAUGUUGCUGAGCGAGGGUGCCUUCGGCGCCGCCAUGAUAUUCAGUUUCCUCAAACUCGUGCACAUAUUCAGCGUCAAUCCGCAUCUAGGGCCGCUCCAGAUAUCCCUCGGCCGCAUGAUCAUCGACAUCAUCAAGUUCUUCUUCAUCUACACCCUCGUGCUGUUUGCCUUUGGUUGCGGUAUGAAUCAGCUGCUGUGGUUCUACGCCGAUCUCGAGAAGCAAAAGUGCUACCACUUGCCGAGCGGCUUGCCGGACUUUGACAACAACGAAAAGGCCUGCUCGACUUGGAGGCGAUUCGCAAAUCUGUUCGAGACGUCGCAAUCGCUGUUCUGGGCGAGCUUCGGCAUGGUCGACCUCAUGUCCUUCGACCUGACGGGCAUCAAGAGCUUCACGCGCUUCUGGGCCCUCCUCAUGUUCGGCUCGUACUCCGUCAUCAACAUCAUCGUCCUCCUGAACAUGCUCAUCGCCAUGAUGUCCAACUCGUACCAGAUCAUCUCGGAACGAGCAGACACCGAGUGGAAGUUUGCACGCAGCCACCUCUGGAUGAGCUACUUCGAGGACGGCGACACGGUACCGCCGCCCUUCAACAUGAUACCGACCACCAAGACCUUCGAUCGGCUGAUGAAGUGCGGCAAGUCCGGCAAGCCCACGCGAUCGGUCAUCAAAAAGUCCCGGGACAAGGCCAAAGAGCGCCACGACACGGUGAUGCGGCUGCUGAUUCGCCGGUACGUGACCACCGAGCAGAGCAAGACCAACGACUUCAGCAUAACCGAGGACGACGUCAUGGAGAUCAGGCAGGACAUAUCGACCCUGAGGUACGAGCUGAUCGACAUAUUCAAGCAGAACAACUUCAAGACCCCGGACGUAGACGACAAGCAGGACGGAGCGCUGUCGGGGAAGAAGGGCCGAGUGAUGGAGCGCCGGCUGCAGAAGGACUUCCAGAUCGGGUUCGUGGAGGGUCUGGUGAACCAGGUGAUCCGCGAGGGAGAGCAGGGCUCGAAGGACGUGUUCAGCCAGAUAGCGAAGGCGAUCGGUAGGCGGGCGAGCGGUGGGAGCAAGAAGAAGGACUGGAACGCGGUAGUGCGGCAAAACACGAUACCCGGGGACCCGAUAGGCAGCACCAACGAGCAGGUGGACCGGCAGCACAGGCGCAGUUUGCGCCGGCACCUGCAGCACCAGGGCAACUCGGCCCUCGAGUCCCUCGAUCCCGCCAAACUCGUCGAGUACAAUCCGAACCUCUCCGAGGUGUCCAACACCACCAAAAUCGCCUACGCCAAGUUCAUGCUUAGGCGGCCCCCGCCCAAGGAAGCCACCGGGGAUGCUGCCCCAGCCGAAGGCGGUCAGUCGACCCGGCAGAGCCAGCGAGUGACGAUCGCCGAGCCGGCAAAGACGGAGGAUGGCAAGCCGGCCGGGCCGAGCCGGGCCCUGAGCGCGAUGGCCAUGAGGUCGAUGAGCAAGACGUCGAGCCAAGACAAGCCGGCCACCACCGCCAAGCCGACCCUCGACUCCAAGCCCUCCACGGAGGCGCGCUCGCCCUCGCCCAUACCCGAGGAGCCCCCCGCCGGGGAACAAAAGGCCCCACCGGCGGACCCCAAACCAGCCUCCCUCAAGAAGAAACCCUCCGUCGUCAAGAAGCAACCCUCGGGCGCCGCACCCCCGGCCCCCAAGGAGGACAAGAAGGCUGCUCCGGCGGCACCUGCGCCCGUCCACGAUGACGCGCCCUCCACGACCAAGCAGAGGGGCCGGUCCAAGGCCACCGGUCAAAUCGUCGGCGGCUGGAUAUGAGCGCCAUCCACGCCCCACUAGCCAACAACUUGCCGUACUCGGACUGGGUGGUGCCUUUUUUUUUUUUUUUUUCAUCCGCUCUGUCUUGGUGCUCUGCGUUGUACAUGUUACCGUCUCGUGGAGCAAGGCCCGAGUAUGGCGCUCAGGAUAUUCCUGCGAGUGGACGAGCAAAAAAAAACAACAACACAUUACAUGUUUGUUCGCGCCAUUUUUGGGAACGAAGCGUGCAUCGAUGCCUCGCCGGAUAUAAAGUUUACAGUCUUCGGAAAAUUAUACCCAUCUGCACCUUUCCCCGCCGAGUCAUCGAUAUACGUACGCGAUGAUGGAAAAUGUUUUCGACUACUUAUCGUUUACUAUUAUUAUUAUUAUUAUUAUUAUUGUUUCAAGUAUAUAUGCUUAUAGGCACACUGUAAAUCCAAGCGUGUUAAAGCGUGACGGGUUGAAAUUUUCGUAUUUUAUAAGAUACAUCGUGGUGGCGCGGAUUAGAAUUCGAAGAACAGUUCAAUUAAAUUGGACAGUUUCGAAUGGGGAAAAAUAAAUGUAGAAAAGCUGUAAAGUGAAAAAACUCGGCUGAAAGAAAUGGUUUGCUCUCUACAGCCUCCUUAAUUAUGUAACGGUCGUUGAUGGAAAAAAAAAAUCGUUUAGUUUAACGGAAUAGGUGCAAUGGUUUACGAAGCAUCGAUUUGUUUUCAUUGAAAAAGUUCAUCGAGACUAUUACAAUGCGUUUUGUAA